AUGGCAACAAUAAUAUCUGGUUAUUUCCUUUCACCUCUAUACAUAAUGGACUGGGGAGUCACCUCUAUACAUAAUGGACUGGGAGUCACCUCUAUACAUAAUGGACUGGGAGUCACCUCUAUACAUAAUGGACUGGGAGUCACCUCUAUACAUAAUGGACUGGGAGUCACCUCUAUACAUAAUGGACUGGGAGUCACCUCUAUACAUAAUGGACUGGGAGUCACCCCUGUACAUAAUGGACUAGGAGUCACCUCUAUACAUAAUGGACUGGGAGUCACCACUGUACAUAAUGGACUGGGAGUCACCUCUAUACAUAAUGGACUGGGAGUCACCUCUAUACAUAAUGGACUGGGAGUCACCUCUAUACAUAAUGGACUAGGAGUCACCUCUAUACAUAAUGGACUAGGAGUCACCUCUAUACAUAAUGGACUAGGAGUCACCUCUAUACAUAAUGGACUGGGAGUCACCCUGUACAUAAUGGACUAG